UUUGCUUGCUAUCCAGGAAGAAAGCAGGGGCGAAGCAGAACAAAAUGGCGACGAAGGUGACGAAGCGGGGACAGGUAAUGUUGGGCGACUUGCCCGACGAUUUUCUGCGGAUUGAAGCCACCCCACAACAGCUACAGGCUACUGCAGACAUGCAGGCAGCUCAGAUGUACGCUCAGUAUGGCUUCAUGGGGCAGAGCUCGGGCCGACUCAGCAUCACGGUCGCUCAGGCCAAGCUGGCCAAGAACUAUGGCGUAACACGUAUGGACCCCUACUGUCGUAUCCGGGUCGGACACGCUGUGUUCGAAACCCCGACAGCCUACAACGGAGCCAAGAACCCUCGCUGGAAUAAGGUUGUCCACGCCCCAAUCCCACAAGGCGUCAACUCGUUCUACCUGGAGAUAUUUGACGAGCGGUCCUUCACCAUGGACGACAGAGUGGCGUGGGGCCACAUCACCAUUCCAGAGUCAGUGUUCAACGGGGAGACGGUGGACGACUGGUACACGCUGAGCGGGAGGCAAGGUGACGACAAGGAGGGCAUGAUCAACCUGGUCCUGUCCCACUCCACGGUAUCCAUGAUGCAGCAGGUUCCCCCGGUCAUGCCAAUGAUGAUGGUUCCACAGCCUGUGUACUACCCUACAGUACAAGCAGGUGUCCCAUACCAAGUCCCAGCAGGCCAGAUGCCAGCCCAGCAGCAGCAGCCGGCUCAGCCCGUCAUCACGGAGGCCGACCUGAAGGCUCUGCAGGACAUGUUCCCCAACAUGGAUGCUGAGGUGGUGCGGUCUGUACUGGAGGCCAACCGUGGCAACAAGGACGCAGCUGUCAACAGCCUGCUGUCCAUUACGGCUGAAUAGAAACUAUGUGAAAUCUGUGUUGAUCAAUGAAAUAGUUUAAAAAAUCUAAAAUUUCAGUCCAACACAAGAAAAAAUACACAAGUAUGAUUUUUUAACCAAACAUUUGGCCUUCCUCAGGUACUGACACCCCCACUUCUGACAUGAAUCCUUCUAGAUAAUCUCGUGUCAGAAAUGACUAGGUCAGUAUUCAUGAGAAAAGUAAGAUUCAGUUGACAAUUUGUACUGUUAUUUUUCCAUGUGUUGGAACUUGAAUCAGGAAGUGAAUGUGGUUCAACAUAUGUUACAUUUGUAAAGAUGUAUUAUAUUAUGAUGUACUACUGUUUUUUUGUGCUCCAAUCCCAGUGCUAAUUGCUGCUUACAAGCUACGUGGCACCAACCAACCAACCACUCACAAAAUUGUUGAAACUAUUGGUUAAUGCAAAAUACACUUUGAUUGUAUUGUCAGAAUUUCAUAAACAUGUGGACAUGUAUUACUUCAUUGCCCAUGUUCUUGUUGCAGGUAAAAGAAAAUAUGUAAAUAGGGUAAUUCAAAGAGGCUGUUGCUGUUCCAAUUAAAAAGUUUGAGUUGUUAGAAAAAAUUCAAAAGAAGCAAAGUCAAUGUUCCAGAAAAAUCAAUAAUCUGCUAAGGAGCAUUGAAGAUUAAAAGGAAAAGAUGACCACAUGCUCUUUUAGAUAUUGGCAUUUAGGUAUAUUACUAGUAGCCUAUUCAGACAGGCAGAUGCUAGAUAGCUAGCUAUUGAAAGAACAGAAGUUUUGAUUUCUGUUUCCCCUGUAAUUUGCAGCUUUUGUAAAACUCAAUUCUUGGGUACUUAUAGUACCCAUUCAAAGUACUUAUUCUUGAAAGAGUUUCCCUCGGUCUCCUCAGUUUUUUAUGGAAAUUAAUGCUCGACUUUGGAAAGUCUAGAAAGUCUACAUGAAAAAAGCAAGAAGGUUAAAUACUUGUAUUUAACCUCCUUGAAAAAAGAGAGCAUUUUUUUCUGACCAGCCCAGUACUUUUUAUGUGGAACAGCCAUAAGCCAGAAAUUAUAUUGGGAUAUUUAAGCAGUGGUAAAGUUUUGUUGGUGUUAUCUGAAUUCUGUAUUGACUUUGCUUAUAAUCAUAUCUUACUUUGUGUACAACCAACAUCGAUAUAUCACCUAGAAUGUCAGGGAGUAUUGCUGGAUAUUGUUGUAUACUAGUGGGUAGCUAACAAAUCAAGGGUAGGCAUAUGCAGUAACAAGAUAUGAUUGUAUAUACAUAUGGCUCCAAUGUUAGCUGGAAAAUAUAACCAUAGACAUCUGUAAAGCUUAUUCUCUGAUGAAUUUUCUUAUGAACAACUUUUUUUUCAUUUUAAGUAUUGGGAGAAACCUACAGCUCUGAAACCUAAUCAGUGUCCACCUUUAGUGUCUUCCAUUCUCAUAAGAGGUAAUGUUUGUGUAAACAAUACUAUUUCAAAGGUAAUGAGACUGUCAUCUAAAUAAACUUUGACCCAGGUAAACAUUUAAACUAUCAAAAACAAGAAUUACAUCUCUACUAUAUCUGAAACAAAAGUUGGUAUUUGUAUAUCUGAGACAACACAUGUUCUGAUAUGAUCUGACUUCAGGUUCAAGCUGACUUCUUAUUAGGACAGCUAGCUUGAUCAUACCUUGAUCAUACAAUAAUUGACAGAAUUAUGUCAGUGAACAAAUCAAUUUCCUUUGGCAGCUAUAGUAAAAUCUUGUGACUGAUUAUUUGCCUGAAGAUCCAGUUUUCAUACCGGUAGCUAACAAGUGGGGCGCCUUUUAAUAUGGGGGAUUGCCAAAUUUGGAAAAUGUGUAAUUCUUGUGAAAUUAGUCCAAGUAUUCAAAGUCUUUAUCCAGGAUAUUGUUUUUCUAUUACAUUAGUCAGCUUGAGGAGGUGGUCACCUGGGCAGGUAUGACCCUGUAUCAAUUGACCAGCAUUUGAGAUAAUUGCUGAAUACAUUAUUUUAGUCUGCCCAUUUCUGAGGCCAGGUCAAUCAGACGCAAUUUCUCAGUGUCUCUACUUUGCUGUUGCUGUUUUAUUUUCCCUGAAGCAUGCUGAAUAUUUAGACUGACGAAGACAAGUAAAUAUGGUUUUCUGUA